CAGCUCUGCAACUUAUUCUUACUCUAAGAGGCGAUAGCAAUACCACAUCUCACCAGUUCUUGAUUCCGCGUCGUGAUCCAGCCUCAAAUCUAUUUUUUUUCUCUUUUUUUCUUUCCUUUUCUAAUUUUUAUUUUCGUUGCUUUGACCGCAUCUUGUUGGUCGAUUGUGAUCUGUGCCCCUCAGACGGGCACAGCCGCAGCAUCGCCAAGAUAGGUCGCAGACACGGCGCAGGGCCGCGCCCAUUUAAGGGAAAGCAGUACGACGGCCCGGACGACUUCGGCGUUUUUGACGACUUUCGCGUCCAAGGGAGGCAGAGGCACUCGAAACCCAAAAACGCAAGGAGGAAAGGGGGACGGAACCAGCGCAAAAUGGGCCAGGAGCAGUCGUCGAUCCUGAUCAGCGAGGACACCCCGCCUCAGACGCUGGCGGAGCGCAGCCUCACCGCCGUCGCCGAUUUCAUCAAGUCCGGCAGCGUCCGCCGCAUCGUCGUCAUGACCGGCGCGGGCAUCUCCACCGCGGCGGGCAUCCCCGACUUCCGUUCUCCCGAAACGGGGCUCUACGCCAACCUGGCGGCGCUCGACCUUCCCGAGCCCGAGGCCGUCUUCGACCUGACCUUCUUCCGGCAGAACCCGCGGCCGUUCUACGCGCUGGCGCGGGAGCUGUACCCGGGGGCGCGCUACCGCCCCACCGUCUCGCACGCCUUCAUCGCCCUGCUGGCGCGCAAGGGCCUGCUGCACGUCCUCUUCACCCAGAACAUCGACUGCCUCGAGCGCGCCGCCGGCGUCCCCGCCGACCGCAUCGUCGAGGCCCACGGCAGCUUCGCCACCCAGCGCUGCAUCGACUGCCGCCACCCCUUCCCGGACGCCGAGAUGCGGGCCUUUGUCGAGAAGGGCGAGGUGCCGCGGUGCGAGAGGGUGGUCGCCGCGGCCGGUGCCGGUGGUGCCGGCGGUGCCGGCGGGAAGGCGGAGCGCUGCGGCGGGCUGGUGAAGCCCGACAUCGUCUUCUUCGGCGAGUCCCUGCCCAAGGCCUUCUUCGAGCGGAGCGGGGCCGUCCAGGAGGCCGACCUGGUCCUGGUCAUGGGCACCAGCCUGCAGGUCCACCCGUUCGCCGGCCUGCCCAACAUGGUGGAGCAGGGCGUGCCGCGGGUCCUUUUCAACCUGGAGCGGGUCGGGUCCUUCGGGACGCGGGCGGACGACGUCAUGGUGCUGGGGGACUGCGACGCCGGGGUGAGGAAGCUGGCGGCCGCGCUCGGGUGGGGGGACGAGCUAGAGAAGAGCUGGAGGGCGCUGGUCGGAGACGAGGAGGCGGAGAGGCAGCUGCAGGGCGCUUCCAAGCGGCUCGCCGCUCUGCAUGACGAGGUCGACAAGCUCGCGGAAGAGGUGGAGGAGGUGCUCCGUAUCGAUGGGAAGGAAGAAGAAGCCGAGGAGGCAAAGCGGGAGGGCCAGGCGGAUCACUCCCGGGAUGCUUCUGCAACCGGAGCCGGCGCAGGGUGUCAGGCUGGAGAGGCAGGAGAAGGUGAAGGUGAGGCGUGCCCACGGACCGAACCUAUUGCUGAGCCUCGGCCCGAGGACGAGACCGAUUCCUCAGGAACUGACAACGGUGCAAAACAAAGUCCGGCGGAGCAAGGAGAGAAGAAUGAUGGCGGAGACGAUGCCGAGAAGAAGGCGGAUUAG